AUGGGCUCUCCUUCUACCUGCUAUGACGUUCUAAUCCUUGGCGAUGGUCCUGCUGGACUGUCUGCAGGCCUGGCUUUGGCUCGUGGUGGCCAUUCAGCGAUCUUCCUGACCUCGGGAUCCUAUCGUAACCAUGGAGUGACUGCCCUCCAUAAUGUUAUCGGACAUGACGGGGAGAGUCCCGCUCAGUUUCGCGCCGGGGCCCGAGAACAGUUGUUACGGAAGUAUCCAACCAUCAAUGUGGCAGAGGGGCAUACGAUCGUUCACGCGAGCCGGGAAAAGCUCCCUCUUCAUGGUGGCGAAGCGGCUGGCUUCCGACUCCAAUCGGCCCAGGAGGAUCUGGAGGGAUUUCAGGCUUGUUGGCCGUCCCAUAUUUACCACUGCCUAUUCUGCGAUGGGUUGGAGAGGAUGCAACUGGACGCCGGAGUCGCCGUCCUGGCAUACCCCUGGAAACCGAUCUACGGCUAUCUGGCGCUACAGGCCGCCUCAUUUAAGCCCGCACGGGUGGUGAUCUUGACCAACGGUGUCCCUGUGACGGACCAGCAAAGGGAAACAUUGAAACUGGCCUGUGCGAUGGGAUGCACCAUCAACGACCGACCGAUCGGUCGGCUCCUGCCCCCGGCCACGGCGCAGUCUCAGUCCCAGGUCCCCCAGGACACAAGCUCGGUGACCGUCAAAUUUGCAGAUGGGAGCUGGGACAAAUUCGCCUUUCUGAUCAACAAGCCCAAAAGCGACAUUGUCUCCAAGGAUCUAGCAACGGAGCUGGGACUUGAGCUAGAGCACUCGCCGCAGUUCGGCACCACCAUCAAACGCCGGGAACCGUGCGGCGAAACUAAUAUUCCUGGUCUCUACGUGAUCGGUGAUGCCGGAACCCAUGCCAAGCAGAUCGUCGUGGCCAUGGCGCAGGGUAUGUACGCAGUGGACAGUCUGUGGGCUGAGUUGAUCACGGAGGAUACUCAAAUGCAGGUCAAGGAGCUGUCAUUCUGUGUUUCCCACACUAGGAUCCCUAAAUACUCGAGCCCGUAUAAGGCCUGGCAGGCGACGGUACAGCUGCAGGAUAACGGCUUGCGUGUACUGGCCACUGUUAUUACGGGUGCACGAAGACUCGGAUUACAUCGCCUGGGGGAUGCUCCUUUGAAUGCUUCCACUUCUCCAUAUGGCUUUGCUGCCACAGAGCCAUCGCACAUUCGCACUGAUAUUGGAAUUCGCAUUUGGUGGACUCUUGUCUUGAGGGAUUGGUCGCGUGGCCAAGCUCUUGGCUACUAUACUGUCCGUCACUCCCAUUUCAAUACCCGGAUGCCGUUACACAUCAAUGAUGACGACCUGAUCCAAGCAUGCUCCAAGAUUUCCGAGCGUCCACGAUCCGAAUUCACCAUGCUCUCCUGUACAAUACAUGCGCUGGAACUAUCUAUCAUUGUGCGAGAAUCGAUUGAUAUUGAGGAUAGUGGCAACGAAGCUUCUCUACGGCGCCAGCAUCUAAAUGAAAGGUACGAAAAGUACGUGGCAGACUUGCCAUCUUACUUUAGGCUGGGAAGUGCUGUUGAGCUCACAGCUAUGGGUCCCAUGGCCGCCAUUCCGGUGCAGCGGUUUAUGGUACAUCAGCAGCUAUGGAGUCUACUGCUUCGUCUGCACCGAGCUACUCUCUCCUCUCCCAUGGGACGGGCGUCUUGUCAACAGUUGGCUCAUAAUAUAAUCAACACACAAGCCCAAAUUCAAGCUCGAUGCACGGUUUGUGACUCAUUGUCCAUCAACGAAACGCAACUCUUCAACGCUACCGUUGUGCUGGUCUUGGGACUCCUAUUUGAUUCCCCACCAAAUCAUAUUCGGGAGGCUAUUGAACUAUUGCGCUCAAAGAUAUCACUUGGUCCAUCCAUUGAGGGCACUACCUCCCAAGAUCCGCAUCAAAGCUCGGCGUCACGUAGUGUUUUGGCUCUUGAGGCACUCAUGAAAUUGGAAGAGAAUGGGCUUUCUGAACAAUCAAACAAGAAUCGAUCUAUCCACUCUCAGGUGGUAGAAGUCCUGAAGACUCUGAAUAAUCCAAUCGCCCAGGCUGAUUCAUCGAUAUUGAGGCCUUUAACUAUGAGGAACAAUCCUCUGGCUCUCUCUAUAUCUACCUCAUAUAAUGUCUCUGAUCUAGAUGUCAUGCCCAUUGUUUCCAAUCAGCUGAGUCCUAAUCUGUGGGACUUUCUGGACUUCCAGCUACCAGAAGAUGCAGAGAAGGAGAUUCUCUUGCCUAUGGUUGGAGACCCUCACGGGUGUACCGGGCUUACCAAUACAUUAUAUACCAGCCAAAGCAACAAUCUAUCAGAAACACUUUUGACAAACAAAUCACCAUCUUCUCUGGGACUCGAGCCUACGUUGGGCUCUACGAUGACCCCUUUAAGCGCUGAUGCUUUUGCAUCUGUUGACUUUUUAGAUGUCAUGGCAAAUGACACUGAUAUUCUCCAUGACGGGAUGCUAGAUGACUAUUUACUCGAGAACUAA